UGGUCAUCUCUCUUUCAAGACCCGGCUCUAUAAGACAGGAUCUUCCAUGGCACUUUUCCUUAUCCAACUAUCUGCUCCGAGGAUUUUGCCGGUAAUACGAAGGCAUCAGGAGGGAGAAAGGUGUAUCUGUUCAUCCGUCUGCUCGCUCAGCUUUCUCUCACUAGCUUCUCACUGAAACCAGCUAAAAGCCUUGGAAGCGCUGCGCAAACAGACUCAUGGUUGUAUGAUCUCCAGUUGAAGCCGCGAGAAUCUCAUUUCCUGUUCCUUUCAUCCUGAAUUGACGGAGCCAUGGCCACGCCUGUCCGGGCCAAUGAGAGGCUCUCUAUUGCAAUGGAGAGAACCGGACAGUGGGUCUUCUCUCAGGAGAUUCCGACUGAUGUGGUCGUUCGAGUAGGAGAAGCGAAUUUCUCCCUUCACAAGUUCAUGCUAGUGGCGAAGAGCAACUUCAUAAGGAAACUGAUCGUGGAAACCAAAGAAGCAGACCUAGCGAGGAUAGAUCUGUCCAACAUCCCCGGAGGCCCUGAGAUCUUCGAGAAAGCAGCAAAGUUUUGCUAUGGCGUCAACUUCGAGAUCACCGUCCACAACGUGGCGGCUCUACGCUGUGCGGCGGAGUACCUCCAGAUGACGGAUCAGUACUGCAGCAACAACCUCGCGGCACGAACCGACGAUUUCCUCACGCAGGUGGCCUUGUCGAGCCUGUCCGGCGCCAUUGUCGUGCUCAAAUCGUGUGAAGAUCUUCUUCCAAUGGCCGAAGACCUUAAAAUCGUCCAGAGAUGCGUCGACUUAGUCAGUUCUAAUGCAUGUAAUGAGGCCAAUUUCCCGAGUCGCUCUCCGACCAACUGGUGGACCGAGGAGUUAUCAAUACUGAGUGUUACUUUCUUUGGAAAGAUCAUCACGGCGAUGAAGCAACGAGGCGCGAAAUCUCUGACUUUAGCUAGUGCCAUCAUAACAUACACGGAAAGAGCGCUGCGAGAUCUUGUGCGAGACCACACGGGCAAUGGAACUAAGUCCUCGGGUUUCGAUGACCCCAACAUUAGGACCCAACAAAGAGAGCUUCUCGAAUCAAUAGUUUCCCUCUUGCCCUCGGAGAAAGCCGCUUUUCCAAUCAACUUCCUGUGUUGCCUCCUCCGUUCGGCCAUUUUUCUCAAAGCCUCCACCAGCUGCAAGAACGAGCUCGAAAAGCGAAUAUCGGUCAUCCUUGAGCACGUGACGGUCGAUGACCUUCUGGUGCUUUCAUUUACCUAUGAUGGCGAGAGGCUCUUCGAUCUGGACAGCGUGAGGAGGAUCUUGUCGGGGUUUGUGGAGAAGGAAAAGAGCAUGGCGGUGUUCAACGGUGGGGACUUCAGGGAGACCUGUUCCACUGCUAUGCUGAGGGUUGCUAAGACAGUGGAUGCUUAUCUCAGCGAGAUCGCCACCUAUGGCGAGCUCAGCAUCGCAAAGUUCAAUGGGAUUGCUAAUAUCGUGCCUAAAGGAACCCGAAAGGUUGACGAUGAUCUUUAUCGUGCAAUUGAUAUCUACCUGAAGAGUCAUCCGAACCUCGAUGAGAUUGAGCGAGAGAAGGCAUGCAGCGUGAUGGACCCGCUGAAGCUAUCUUACGAAGCCCGGCUCCAUGCUUCGCAGAACAAGCGGCUGCCAGUCCAGAUUGUCCUGCACGCACUCUACUACGAUCAGCUGCAGCUGAGGAGUGGCACGGAGGACCGUAAAGGGCCGGACGCCACAACAACGAGGCAUCAGCUGCAAGCCGAUUCGUCCCUGAUAAAGGAGAAUGAGGAGCUGCGGUCCGAGCUGAUGAAGAUGAAAAUGUACAUUUCAGACUUGCAGAAGAGCAAUCAUCACGGGGCAACAUCGGCGAAAGGUGGCCAAAAGCGCCCCACCUUCUUCUCUUCGAUGUCAAAGACUCUGGGGAAGUUGAACCCCUUCCGGCACGGGUCGAAGGACACGUCCAACUUAGAGGAUGAUGUCGAUAUCACCAAGCCUAGGAGGAGGAGGUUCUCCAUCUCUUGAUUCAAGCGAUCACUCUCGAUCGAACGCCGAGUCUGUUCAAAGCUGAAACUCAUUUGUUUAGGUUGUGGUCUGUUUUUUUUUUUAUUUUAUCUUUUGGCUUCCUUUCAGUCGCUUGUUUUGUGGGUUGUGAUGGCACUGUUUACUUGUGUUGAACAAUGUUGAUUUGUGAAUACGUUGGAACGAUAUGAUCAGAUCUCCUAAGUAAUCGAACAGCUAAGUUCGA